AUGGAUCGCAAAUACGGUGUACCCACUAGAAUAACGUCCGACCAAGGAGGACAAUUCAGAUCAUCGUUGUUCCAAUCUUUGAGCAAAUUAUUUGGCAUAACACAUUUAUUAACGACGCCGUAUCAUCCUCAAUCCAAUGGACUGGUGGAACGUCAACACCGGCAACUCAAGGCCGCAUUGUUGUGUCACGACGACACGUGGUAUGACGCGCUACCCGUCGUCUUACUUGGUCUACGAGCAGCCUGGAAAGAGGAUAUUCAAGCUACUCCAGCCGAGCUUGUAUACGGUGAGCCAAUUCGUUUACUAGGUGAACUAUUAGUUCCAUCAAAGAAACACGCAAAUGCUGAAAGUGUUUUACGUGAUUUAAAAUCAUUUUUCAAUAACUUGGCAUCGGCCGAAACCUCGCGUCAUGGAGAGCGUUCUGUUUUCUGUUUCAGAGACCUCAACACUUGUUUCCACGUACUGGUGCGAGUUGGACAAAUUGGACCAUCAUUUUCAGCUCCGUAUGAGGGCCUGUACGAAGUCGUUGCGCGACACAAUAAAUAUUUUAUCGUCAACUAG